AGUUGGUGGCAGGUGGACCUAGGGGAGCAACACCAGCUUGCGAUCACGUACUACACGUUGCGGCACGACGGCUCGCAAGACUUUGUGAGGAGCUGGGUGCUGCAGGGCUCCCACGACCUGGCCGUUUGGGUCGACCUGAAGCGUCACUCCAACGACACCACCAUCAAGGUGCCGGGGCAGUACGCCUCCUGGCCGGUCAUAGGGCCUGCAGCCGCGGUGCCGUACAGGGCCUUCCGGCUUCUGCUCACAGCGCCAAAUGCCUCCCCUAACCCCGCCAGCCGACACAACUUCUGCCUCAGCAAUCUGGAGCUGUACGGCUUUCUG